ACCAAAACUUACCACCACAGUUCACACCCAUGUUAUCUGAUUCUGAGCUCACUAUGCAACAGUUGUGUGCAGCGAUGCAGUUGAACAGGUUCUUGUCCCAAGGAAUAGAAAGAAUAAGAAGGUAGUUUGAUCACAUCACAAUAGUUUGAUCACAGAACACUAGUACAUUUAUCAGACUGCAGUGCCUCAAUAGGACUGAUUCAACCAGGAAUGAAGGUGACUCAACGAGAAUGUCUGUGUCUGAUUCUUCUACAUCUCCUACACACAGCAGGCUCUGAGAAGUUUGAAGUUCUUGGUCCAACUGAUUCCAUUGUUGCUGUAGCUGGUGAUGACAUCAUUCUGCCCUGUUACCUCAAACCCAACAUCAGUGCAGAGGACAUGACAGUGGACUGGCUUAACCUGGAUUUCUUAGACGGUCGUGUCUUUCGUUACCAAAACCACAGAAUCAUACGAGAUGAUCAGAUUCUCUUCUAUAGUGGAAGAACUUCACUGUUUGAAGAGGAACUGUGGAGGGGAAACACCUCUUUAAAACUGACCAGGGUACAAGGCACUGAUGAGGGACGUUACAAAUGCUUAAUUCAGUCAAAGAGCUGGUAUGAUGAUUUCACUGUUCAAGUCCUCGUUAAAGUUGUAGGAUCCAAGCCAGUGGUGUCCAUUGAGGGACACAGAGAGGGAGGGAUGGGUCUGCUGUGUGAAUCAGAAGGCUGGCACCCUGAGCCUGAGCUGGUGUGGCUGGACAGUAAAGGAGUCCAUCUCUCUGCUGGUCCUCCUGAGACACACAGAGACUUAGAUGGAUUCUACACAGUCAAACGACAUGUCAUUGUCCAGGAGACUGACACCAACCACUUUACCUGCAGAGUCCAACAGAGCCGGAUCAAUGAGAAGAUGGAGACAGAGAUUCACCUCCCUAUUGUAGGAUCCAAGCCAGUGGUGUCCAUUGAGGGACACAGAGAGGGAGGGAUGGGUUUGCUGUGUGAAUCAGAAGGCUGGCACCCUGAGCCUGAGCUGGUGUGGCUGGACAGUAAAGGAGUCAAUCUCUCUGCUGGUCCUCCUGAGACACAUAGAGACUUCAAGGGAUUCUACAGAGUCAAACAACAUGUCAUUGUCCAGGAGACUGACACCAACCGCUUUACCUGCAGAGUCCAACAGAGCCGGAUCAAUGAGAAGAUGGAGACAGAGAUUCACCUCCCUAGUGAGUUGUUUGAUUACGCAACCCCAUGGAGAAUGGCCUUCAUGGUGUUAUGCUGUCUGGGAGCCGUCACUGUGAUUGGGUUAGCUCUGGUUAUCUACUGCAUACGUAAUAAAAAAGUUGACAUCAAGAAGGAGAGGAAUGACCUCAGGAAGGAGAAGGUGUCGCACACCCAGAGUGCAAAGAACCUUGGCGUGAACCUGGACAACACCCUGUCGUUCUCUGAAAACAUCAAAGCAGCGUCUCGCUACCGCAGGUUCAUGCUCUACAACAUCCAUAUGACCAUACCUCACACAGGAAGCAGCACAGGUCCUAAUCCAGGCACUUGUCAUCUCCAGUCUUGA